UCUAUUUCAUGGCGGAGGUCUUCGAUGAGCACAGCUGAAGUGCAGAAAAGCAAAUACGAGCGACGUCGCCAGACAGCAAGCAAAAAAAGCUAGCUAGUUGUGUUCAGAGAGAAGAGGAGUGACGACGAGACUGCUUUAAAAAAAUAUAUAUUUUCGAUGACAGACGCUGCAAUGAACCUUUCUUCAAAGCUAGCUAACGUUUAUAUAGCAAUCCGAUCUUUGAAUUUAAACAGAGACGUUUGAUGUGAAGUCGGCCAGGGUUGUCCUGGAGCGAAAAUAAAAGGCCAAAACUGCGUUUCUGAGACGAAGGGAAUGUCUAAUUAACAUCUCUGUACGUGUCAAGCCUGUCAUUCCCUUCGUGUAGGUGCUAGUUACUGCGCUGGGAUUCUCUGUGGAAUGACCGUGUCAUGAUGCAGUCGCUGAGUCUCACCCCGCACCCAGGUGACGAGGGAGGGUGUCUCCGGCCGUCGGCCAAUCACAGAAGGUGCUUUAGGAUAGUCACUUCCUGUUUGUGUUCAUCAAUACUUCCUCUCGGAACCCUCCAGCCUCACUGAUGUCCCGCCCCCUUGGCCGAAGUGCCAGGAUUCCGGUCUGGAAGAAGGUUUUGACUUCCCCUACAGGUUUGUUUAGGUGCUAUGCGUCUCUACUUCCUGGUUUACCGUGUGCUGAUGAUGUCACAGAAGGAAGUAUAGGACCUCUCUGCCUGUAGAACAUCAGCCUCCUUGCACUUUCUAGAACUUCCUGUUUCCUGCUGCUGCUUGACUACCUGUUAAAUUGCACAACAUCUCUCAGACACUCUUAAGGCUCUGACCUCUAACCUCUGAACCCCAAGCAGCCAUGAGGCACAUUCACGUAGAUCUGACGCACGGCAGCAAGGAGGAGCUGGCUCCUGUGGAGCUUCCAUCCCACGAGGGGGACCUGUCUUCUCCUGCAGCCCCCUCACAGGGCCCUGAUCCUGGGGUGAUGGUUGGGGUUUCCAGGCACUUUGGUCAGGAGCAGCUGCGUCUCCAGAAGGUCUACCAGCUCUCUAUCUUCUCCCAGCUGGGGGGGUUCUCAACCUCCGACCCCCCCAGGACAAGUGAGGCCCAGCCGGGACAGGCCCCUCGGAUAGCCAGGCAGGGGGUCAAGAGGGGCCUGGAGGAGCCCAAGCUUAGCCACAAAUGGCCCCACCUGGCUGGGGACACAUACAGAGAUGGUGACACCCUGGAAGAAGGGGUUCUGUGUGGGCCAGGACCUGGGGUAGGGGUUGGGAUGGGGGUAGGGAUAGGGCAGGUAUUCUCCUGCGUCAUGGUCGAUCACAGAGACUCAGAUGGGGACCUGUCACCUAGAUCCCCCCCACCUGAACCCCUCUCCCCCGGCCACACCCCCGCCCGACGCCCCGCCCAGCACAACCACGACAGGCCCGUCCCGGACCCGUGGGCUCCGCUGUCUCCCCACAGCUCCCCUGGCUCCCGCAGCCCCUUACCCAGCACAGAGCCUCCUUCUGAUCCUGGAGGGUCCGGGACGGGCUGCAGUAGUGGCUCCUCAUCGGGACAGCGUCAGCCCAACUCCUGCAGUGACGAGGGUUCCUAUUGGGCCCCCGGAGCCUUCGAAACCCCCAAUCCCCCUGGACCUCCCCUCGGACCUACAGGCUCCCUCUCCCCCAACUACCUUCUCACCACAGACCCCAAGGGUCCCGGGGAGGGCAGUGAGUGUGGGGCCGAACUAGAAUCCACCCCGCCCCGUCCCAGUACCACAGCAUCCACCAACGAGCUGGCCUCCCUGGAGAAGACCCCCAGCACCAGCGGGUUCCGUGGGGUCCCCUCGGUCCCCUGCCCUGCUAAGAAGAAACUUCUAUCCUCUAGCGACACAGCAGAGUCGUGUUCGGAGGAUGAGGGCCCCUCUACCUCUAAGAGGAGCCGUCUGGCCCUGCUGGCCCCUGGCUUAGGGCUGGCCUCCUGCAGGGGCACCGAUGCCAAGGCUGCCCCCUUCUGGAGCCACCUGCUGCCUAACGCACAGGGCCGGGACCAUGCCAAGAGUGUACCAGAAGUCAGCAGAACCAGCAGGAGGUUGAAAAGUCGACAGCUGCGUAGUGGACGGCGCACAGACACCUUGUGUCGUUCUGCUCGGUCAGGCUGGCCCUCUUCCUCAAUCAGCCGGUCACUACUGGGCAACUUUGAGGAGUCGAUCUUGAAGGGUCGUUUCUCUCCGUCGGGUCGUAUCGAGGGCUUCACAGCAGAGAUCGGUGCCAGCGGAUCCUACUGCCCUCAACACGCCACUCUGCCUGUACACGUCACCUACUACGACAUCUCAGAGCACAGCGCACCCUCACCCUUCCUGGGAGUGAUCUCCUUGGAGCCUCUUGGAAAGAAGGGAUACAGCGUACCCAAAGCAGGGACCAUCCAAGUGACCUUAUUCAACCCCAAUAAAACUGUGGUGAAGAUGUUCCUCGUGACCUAUAACUUUGGGGACAUGCCCGUCAAUCACAUGACCUUCCUGCGUCACCGCAUCUUCCUGGUUCCCGUGGAGGAGGCGGGGCCAGGUGGGAAGGGGGAGGGGCCUACAGAGCCCAGGGCAACACCCACAGAGAGGAAGAAGAUUCUCUGCUACUUGAUACACCUCAGAUUCCAGAGCUCCAAAUCUGGGAAGAUUUACCUGCACAAUGAUAUCCGGCUGCUUUUCUCCCGCAAGUCCAUCGAGGUGGACACAGGGAUCCCUUACGAGCUCAAAUCUUUCACCGAGGUGCCAAGAAACCCCAAAUACUCCCCCCGUGUGUGACCCUACGGCUCCUAAUCCCUGACCCCUAACGCAGCCCGGAAUAGGGCAUAGACAGACUGCUCAGUACAUCGACGAGAACUUGAAUAGACUUUACAUACAUACAUACAUACAUACACUAUAUAUACAAAUGUCUGUGGACACCCCUUAAAAUUUGUGGAGUCGGCUAUUUCAGCCACACCCGUUGCUGAUAGGUGUAUAAAAUCGAGCACACAGCCAUGCAUUCUCCAUAGACAGGCCAUUCUACUGCCAAUGUUUUACUGAAGAGCUCCGAGACUUUCAAUGUGGCACCGUCAUAGGAUGCCACCUUUCCAACAAGUCAGUUUGUCAAAUGUAUGCCCAGGUAGAGCUAGCCCCGGUCAACAACGGCUCAGCCGCCAAGUGGUAGGCCUCACAAGCUCACAGAACGGGACCGCCGAGUGCUUAAGCGGGUAAAACUCCUCUGUCCUCGGUUGCAACGGUCCGUUCCAAACUGCCUCUGGAAGCAACGUCAGCACAAUAACUGUUCGUCGGGAGUUUCAUGAAAUGGGUCUCCAUGGCCAAGCAGCCGCACACAAGCAUAAGAUCACCACGCGCAAUGCCAAGCGUCGGCUUGAGUGGUAUACAGCUCGCCUAUAUUGUACUAUGGAGUAGUGGAAACGCGUUCUCUGGAGUGAUGAAUCACGCUUCACAAUCUGGCAGUCUGACGGGCGAAUCUGGGUAUGGCGGAUGCUAGGAGAACGCUAUCUUUCCCAAUGCAUAGGGCCAACUGUAAAGUUUGGUCUGUGGCUGUUUUUCAGUGAAGGUAAAUCUUAACUCUACAGCAUAUAAUGACAUUCUAGACGAUUCUGUGCUUCCAACUUUGUGGCAACAGUCUGGGGAAGGCCCUUUCCUGUUUCAGCAUGACAAUGCCCCCGUGCACAAAGCGAGGUCCAUACAGAAAUGGUUUGUUGAGAUCGGUGUGGAAGAACUUGACUGGCCUGCACAGAGCCCUGACCUCAACCCCAUCGAACACCUUUGGGAUGAAUUGGAACACCGACUGCGAGUCAGACCUAAUCGCCCAAAAUCAGCGCCCAACCUCACUAAUGCUCUUGUGGCUGAAUAGAAGCAAGUCCUCGCAGCAAUGUUCCAACAUCUAGUGGAAAGCCUUCCCAGAAGAGUGGAGGCUGUUAUAGCAGCAAUGUUCCAACAUCUAGUGGAAAGCCUUCUCAGAAGAGUGGAGGCUGUUAUAGCAGCAAAGGGGGGGGGGGGGACAACUCCAUAUUAAUGCCCAUGAUUUUGGAAUGAGAUGUUUGAUGAGCAGGUGUCCACAUACGUUUGGUCAUGUAGUGUACAUGCAUGCAUAAAUACAAACAUGCACAGACAACAAGCAUUGAUUGAUACUUGCACCCAAGCUAAGCAGACUCGUGUGUGUACACAACUCACAGUACACAUGACCACUCUUCUGUCUAGAGUUGAGUGUUAACAUGCCUUGUGACCUAACCUAAAAACCAGUUGUACUCUAGUGCCAUUCGUUUCACACACACUGUCCUUCAUUCACUCUGCCUGCACCUGCCCUCUCACCCCCUCGGUGGACCAAUGGACAACCCUGCCACCUCAAAUCAGCCAGCCAAUAGGAAGCCGGCAAGCCGCUAAUGGAGCACACAUUGGGAGAAGAGGACUGUAAAAGAGCAUUAAACAAGCACAUCCCAGUAAAGGGGGGAGGGACAAAACACAAACUGUAUUUAACUGGAGAGAAAAGAGACAGAGGAGCAGUAGUGAAACAAAGACUGAUUUAUCUCAAUCAAUUGAAGAAUAAAGAUUAAGAUAUCAGAUGUGUGACACACCCUGCAAACGCCGAAAACAAUUGGCUACACUCAGGACUUAACUGUACUGUAUUUUGAUUGAAGCCUAUAGACGUUCCAGGGAACCUCCCCCAUUUCAAGCGACAUGGUAUGGAUCACUGUGUAGGAUGUAAGUGGGGAAUAUACCAUGUAGUGGGUGGAAGGGGUGGAUGCUUCCUUUCAUGUAGACAGAUGGAGGGUUCACUGUGUUUUUAGUUUUCUUUCUGUAGGAUUUAAUCUAUGUUCGCAAAUGUCUUAAAAAGCUGCACAAUUA